AUGCUUAGCACCGUCUCCAGCCUGGUCAUCUCUCGUUCCUUCCCGCAGGCUCUCGCGGGCGGCGUGUUCAACACCAUCUCCCAACUGGUGAAUUCCGUGGGACUGGCCCUCACUGCCGCCAUUGCGGCGUCCGCCACCGUCCACCACGGGCACGAUGACUCUGCCUCGCUCUUGGAGGCAUGCUUGCUGCCGGGCUAUCGCGUCGCGUACUGGGCCAUGUGCACCGGCAUAGGGUUGGCGUACGUGGCCAGCUCGCUGGGCUUCCGGCGGGUGGGCAAACAAGAGGGAGAUCGGGUCGGAAGGCCGUCGCCUCCGGAGACUCACGGGGAAGAACGCCCGUCACAUGGGUCCCUAGGGCCGGCUUGGAAUCCAGUGGUCAUGCUCCGGAUUGAAUACAGGCGAGAGGGAGAAGAGACCGUGGUGUGGAAUAUGUACAUCCGGUCGAUUCUACGAUUGGGUCCAACGGUAUUGUUUCAAGACACACUGGCGCUUGACACCAUUGCAAUUUGGGCAACAGGUGCCAUAGACCUCGCUCCUCGUAAAUGCUUUUCACAGUGUAGCUGUGCGGGAUGGAUCAAUGUCUCCACUGGGCUCCCGUCUCCACUGCUCAACAAGGGGAUCUUUUCGCGCACUGAAAUGAAUGUCGCGAAUGUCGGAGCUGAGUACUCUACCUUUCCCUCCUUCGAAAAGAGAGGCAAAGAAGAAGACUAUCCUGGGGGCGCGGGCUGA